CAUUGACCAAUUUCGGCCUUUGCUGUAGAUAGCGCAACCGGCAUCUCCGUCUACUUCCUAGUUCCUACAUCGACUUACACAAGAAAAAAAGAAAUGGCUUCCGAUGAAAUCAAGAAUCCUGCACUGGACCCGGAUACGGAUUCUCCGGGAAAACCAGGUCACGAAUUGGCCGAAUUCGGAGCUGGAUGCUUCUGGGGUGUGGAGCUAGCCUUCCAACGCCUCGAGGGAGUCGUGAAAACAGAAGUCGGCUACUCUCAAGGUGACGUCCAUAACCCUAGUUACCGAUUGGUCUGCACCGGAACCACCAAUCACACUGAAGUUGUCCGGGUUGAAUUCGACCCGUCUGUUUGUCCAUACACCAAUCUGCUCUCCCUCUUUUGGUCCCGCCAUGAUCCUACCACCCUCAAUCGUCAGGGUGGUGAUGCAGGUACCCAAUAUCGAUCAGGGAUAUACUACUACAGUGAGGAACAGGCUCGUUUAGCGAAAGAAUCGUUGGAUGAAAAGCAAAAGUCUUUGAAGAACAAAAUUGUGACAGAAAUUCUUCCGGCCAAAACUUUCUACAGAGCGGAGGAGUACCACCAACAAUACCUCGAAAAGGGUGAACUUUCAGGAUCUAAACAGAGUGCUAGAAAGGGAUGCAACGACCCCAUCAGGUGCUACGGAUGACAAAGUAUGUUUUUACAGAAACUCAGACUAAUAAAAAGGACAUAUGUUGAUCGUCUUUAUUUGCUUUCAAAUGUACAAUCGUGUCUGUUUGUUCAAUAAUUGUUAAACAUCUAUGCUUAUGCUAUUGAAAUUGUGGAUUUUGGAAUAUAAAUCUUUAUUCGAUGAUCUUAUGCCAUAAAAGUGCUAUCAUUACAUCGAAGAUAAUUCUAUAAUCUUUAAUGAAGAAAAGGUAUAAUUAGUAGUGUAUGUGUGUGAGAAUUUGUGUAAUUUAGAGUUCAUCUUUGGUGGAUGAUGUGGGGUUGUUAGAAGAUUUCUUGAUAGGAUAAGAGGCCUCCAUUGCUAUGCCACAAAGUCCUCUUUUAUCAGAUAUUCCUCUUUGCAUCCUAAUGUAUCCCUUCUCUCCCCAUUCUGCUCCCCAUGAGUUCUUCACUAUCCAAUAUUUGGUUCCAUCUAGAGUUGUCCCGUAUCCCACGGCUGCCACCCCGUGAUCCAACUCUGUUCCACACUUUCCCGUAAAAACUCCCUGUAACAUCACACACACACACACACACACACACACAAAAAAAAAAAA